GCGGCGUUGUGUGUUGCGCUGGAUGGAGCUUGACUGCCCUCGUGUGUCCAACCUCGGGAACGGCAAUUUCCCAGAAGCGGUUUUCUGGGUAAGAACUUUGACACAAUAUUACUCUCUCUCUCUCUCUCUCUCUCUCUCUCUCUCUCUUCCUUUUAAUCCGGUCCCGUUCAUGAUAAUUGUUGUAAUUUAACAAUGGUAUACAUUACCUUUAUCUUUGUACCGUUCUUGUACCGUGUGGAUAUUCCCGAGCGAAAUAGAUGAGGCCACGUAGGGAACACAUGCAGUUGCACAAGCGCAGUGAUGAGAAUGAACAUGAAUGUUGGUGCUCAUGAGCAAAUCUGGCAGUUUCAUGAUGAACCCGCUACACUUGAAUUUGAGAUACUGACCGUAAACAAAAAUAGACUUCUAAACACCGCCCUUAAAAGCUUAAUAACAGAAUACGGCAAUUUUUGGGAAAUUGCCGUUCCCAAGUUUGGCCACACGAGGGCAGUCAUGUUCCAUCCAGCACAACACACGACGCCGCCUAAAACAGAAGGUAGGUUGUACUACUACUUCUAAUAAUGACCUCAAUCGAAGUAAUUAAAUAGACAAUGAAAGGUGUUGUCUAUAUAGCUGACCUCAUUUUUCUACACUGUGAGUUAAAGGCACACAACUAUCAGAAUCCCAGUUUAUAAUUGUGUUUGAUUGGCCAAGGAGAUUAAAGUGUGCGGGGAAUCCGACUCUUUUUGAGCUUAUUGGACAUUACACAUUGCUGUAAUUAUCUCAUUGGCAUUAAUUCAUUGAUCAUAGUUUAUUUGACGAAUGCAACUGCUGCGACAUAUUUUGCCAAUCUUAAACUCAGCUGUCAUUCUGGAGGAGCAGUUUUGGUUGAUGCAUGACAUUUAGGUUCAAACACAGUGCGUACAUUGACUGUAACACAGAUAGCGAAAAUGAAAAUGGGAAAAGAGAAGGCCAGUGAUUAGAUAGUGCGAAGGCUGACUUUGUAUUCCUACUUGUGUGUGAUGUGUGUUAUGUUAGUUUCUCUUGCACAACUGUCAAAGUGCAUAUGCUUCCUUUGUGAAUGACACUUUUUAAGAAUGAGAUGAGGGUUUGAGACAAUGUAGCUAAUUUCGACCUUCGAGAGUCCAUUACAUCAUGCAUUUGCGAGAGCUGAUAAAGCAAGGCCUGAGAGUUGUGUUUGCAUUCCUUUCUGUGGUGCUUGUAAGUUAGUGAAGUACUUGUGUGGUAGAAUGUGGGCUGCUUCAAAGUGAACACAGACAUUGGUGCUGAUCCGCUGAAUGCUGGGCCUACUAAUAAAGGCUUGUGCUGCUAUGUGCGACCUGUAGUUGCAGUGGACGUAGGACUGUAGUAUAUACGGGCCUUGAGUCCAAGGACGUGCUCAAAAGGAACGUCUUGUGUUUGAAACAGUAAUGUCAAUGUUGUACAAACACAGACAGCUUUUUCUAACCUCCUUACGCUGAUGAGUGUUUUAGCUGUAUGCUUUACUAUGCAUGUUUUACCCAAAGUUCCUGACUAUUGUGUUGUACUACUACUACUACUACUACUACUACUAAUUUGAACCAAAACAUUAGUACUGAAAAUACUAAUAAUGUUUUGUAUCUGUGUGUGUUUUUAGAGAGAGAGAGAGAAUGGGGAAGAAGAAGACGUUAGCAGGUGAAAAGCAGUGCCUAGUGAUUGUUUUCGAAAAAGAGAGCUAUUGUGUGACCGUUGGUGUAAGGCCCGCCUCCUCGCCUGUUCUCAACUAGGUCCUGUCGAGUGUGGAUAAAUAGGUGGGCGCUGCGCGAGAACUUUCAUUGAGUGGCUUGACUUCGAAAGCAGUAUCAUGUCUGGCAGAGGCAAGGGUGGUAAAGGACUCGGCAAAGGAGGCGCUAAGCGUCACCGCAAGGUGCUUCGCGAUAACAUCCAGGGGAUCACCAAGCCGGCUAUUCGCCGUCUGGCUCGCCGUGGCGGUGUAAAGCGUAUUUCUGGUCUGAUCUAUGAAGAGACUCGUGGUGUACUGAAGGUGUUCCUGGAGAACGUGAUCCGCGACGCCGUCACCUACACCGAGCAUGCCAAGAGAAAGACCGUGACCGCCAUGGAUGUGGUGUACGCUCUGAAACGCCAGGGACGCACCCUGUACGGGUUCGGCGGUUAAACGCUCUAACAACGAACGACGCGAACACAACGGCUCUUUUAAGAGCCACCCACAUGUCUAGAAAAAGAGCUGUUCCGUGUGGAAAAAAAUCAAAAGCCUUUUUCUUUUGUGAAACAUAAGGCAUCAAACGCUGUACACAAGUAGCAUAAGAACUUAUGUA